GGGGGGACAAACAAACAUGCCGGCCGUCAUUUGUAAGUGACUGGGAGCGCUGCUCUUAUUUUAGAGGUCACUUCCGGAGCGGUGAGCGCGAAAAGUGUGGCCGCCACCGCAGCCGAAGGAGUCACUGCUGAGAGGCUAAACAUGGCAAGUGUCAUCCAAGAGACUCCUACAGAUGGAACAUCUUGUUCAAAUUCUGAUGUUGGUGAAGAACUAUCUUUUCUACCUAGAAAACUAAAAGAGAGACUUCUCCCUUUUCAGAAGAAAGGAAUCACAUUCGCAUUGGAGAAAAAUGGCAGGUGCAUGAUUGCAGAUGAGAUGGGUCUAGGAAAGACUAUCCAAGCAAUAGCAGCAUCCUACUACUACAAAAAUGAAUGGCCCCUGCUAAUAGUGGUGCCUUCAUCUCUGAGGUACCCUUGGGCUGAUGAGAUAGAGAAAUGGAUUCCAGAACUCUAUCCAGAUGAUAUAGUCAUCAUUCAGAAUAAAACUGAUACCUGGAGAAUUUCUACAAGCAAAGUCACCAUAUUAGGUUAUGGACUGUUAACCUCAGACGCACAGAUUUUGAUAGACACUAUAUGCAAACAGAACUUCAAAAUAGUGAUAGUUGAUGAGUCUCACUACAUGAAAUCCAGAAAUGCAGCUCGUAGCAAGAUUUUAUUGCCAAUUAUACAGAAUGCUGUUCAAGCUAUUCUCCUUACUGGAACUCCUGCUUUAGGAAGACCUGAAGAGCUCUUCAUGCAGCUGGAAGCACUUUGCCCAAGAAAAUUUGGAACAUGGACUGAAUAUGCCAAAAAAUACUGUGAUGCACGUUUCAGAUUUUUUGGCAGAAGAAAGCAGUGGGACUGCAGAGGAGCAUCAAAUUUGGAUGAAUUGCACCAACUACUGAGCAGUGUAAUGAUCAGGCGAUUAAAGAAGGAAGUUUUAACUCAGUUACCACCUAAAAUUAGACAACGCAUCUGUUUUGAUCUUCCCAAAACUGCUGCUACGGAAUUAAAUGCUAGUUUGGAAGAGUGGGAGAAAUUAAUGAGGACUUCACAUUUAGAUUCUACAGAAAGUGACUAUGUCCAGAUAAUGGGUCUCAUUACGCGCAUGUUUAAACAGACUGCUAUUGCUAAGGCGGGAGCAGUAAAAGAUUAUAUCAAGAUGCUCCUUGACAAUGACCAAGUUAAAUUUCUAGUCUUUGCACAUCAUUUAAGUAUGCUCCAGGCAUGCACAGAGGCAGUGAUAGAAAGCAAGGCACGCUACAUUCGAAUAGAUGGAAGUGUACCUUCAGCAGAAAGAAUAAGCCUUGUCAAUCAAUUCCAGAAGGACCCAGAUACUAGAGUGGCCAUUUUGAGCAUUCAGGCAGCUGGUCAGGGUUUAACUUUUACUGCUGCCACUCAUGUUGUUUUCGCUGAACUGUACUGGGAUCCUGGACAUAUAAAACAAGCUGAAGACAGAGCACAUCGAAUUGGACAAUGCAGUUCUGUGAAUAUCCAUUACCUUAUUGCAAAUGGAACACUGGACCCUCUUAUGUGGGCAAUGUUGAACCGCAAGGCAACUGUUACAAGCACCGCAUUAAAUGGCUGGAAAGAAAAACUGCAGGCUGAAGAAGGCAGUGGAGAGCAAUGGAAUUUCCUGAGUUUUGCUGAAGCCUGGACUCCCAAUGAAAAUUUGGAUGACAUAAAAAAUGAGGUUUUAUUCACCCAUUUUGAGAAAGAAAAACAGCAUGACAUUCGUGCCUUCUUGUCACCAAAGCCAAAUGCUGAGAAAAAGAGGAAAAUGGCUUCUUGUGAAAAGUCUUUGAAUUUCAGUCUGGAUUCUUCUCAAACUGCAGAGGACUUAUAUGAUAGUUACUACUUGGACUCCAGGGAAGUAAAUGAUGCAGAUGUGGUUUGCAGUGAGCCAAAGAGAUCGAGAGCUGCAGAGUCCUCUACACCAAAGAGUACUUCUAAGAAAGGGAAAAAAUCUCCGCUUGAAAAAACAAGCUCUUCUUCUGCAAAAGAAAAUAGUCCAGUGGACAGUGCUACUCGCCUGUUUAAUUCAAGCAAAGGACCUGCUUCAGAAUCAGUCUGGCACUGCAGCCUUUGCACUUACUGUAAUAAUUCCUUCCUAUCUUACUGCGAAAUAUGUGAAUCUCCCCGGGAACAGAAAAGUAAAAAGAAUAAAAGCCAAACGAGCAACUCUGUCCAGAGUGAAAGUGAAACUGCAGCUCCAGGUACUAGAAACAUUCAUAAUACUGAGGAGACUGAUACAUUUCGCCAGAAAAAAGGCUUAGGACUUCUGACUGAUCAAACCAAGGAAGAAAUAGUUACUGCUGAAGAUAAGCAUUCUGAUCAUUGGGAACAAGGGCCCAGGAAAGAGAAUCUAGAUGAUUCACGUUCCUAUCCAGUGUCUAAUGGUUUCCUGUUCUGCGCAAGUAGGAACACUGAUAGAAUUCACAUCUUUUCCAAGGAUGGAGAGCCUUUGAAUUGUAACUUCAUUCCACUGGAUAUAAAAUUAGAUAACUGGGAAGAUUUACCCGAAUAUUUCCAACAGAAACAGAAUCGUUCAUUGAUACUGAGGUUUGUGAGAGAAUGGCAUACUCUCACAGCCAUGAAACAAAAAAUUAUCCAGAAAAGUGGCCAGAUAUUUUCUAGCCCAAUUCUGGCUGCUGAAGACACACUAUCGAAACAACGGGACAAACUUGGCAGUACCAAACGGUACAUGACAAAAGAUGACGUCGCCAAAGCAUCAAUAAGGAGAGUGGAGAGUAGUGGGGGCCAUGUUCGUUUAGUUGCUGAGCAAUCUGUGGCUCCCUUGAAAAUCCAAACUAACUCUGCCGCCGAAGAGGACCAACAUUCUGAAAAAUUGGCUUCAGUAGAUGGAAGUUGCCCAGUCUUCAGUUCAGAUCUGAGCCAAACUGGUGCUUUGGGGGCUACCUCUGUAGUGAAAGGCUACUUGCAGGCAGUAGACAUUGAAGGGAAUCCACUUUGUCUCAGUUGCCAAAAACCAACCAUUGUGCUUGAUCAAACAUCCACUUCUACUGCCUGGGACACACGAUUUUGUUCUCACAAAUGCCAGGAUGACUUCUUAAUCCGUUCAAGUCAAAGUUACUUGAGAACACAGGUCUUUCGAAUAGAACAUGGUGUAUGCCAGAUAUGUAGUCUGAAUGCUCAGGAACUGUACCUCACUGUCAGAGAUGCCCCGAAGAAUCAGCGUAAGAGUCUUCUGGAUAACUCCUGGAUGUCCAAGCUUCCUCUCACACAGUUGAAUGAAAUUAUCUUGAAUCCGACUGAAGGUCACUUCUGGCAAGUAGAUCAUAUCAAGCCAGUUUAUAGUGGUGGUGGACAGUGUUCUCUGGAAAACCUUCAAACACUAUGUACAGUUUGUCACAAAGAGAGAACAGCAAAACAAGCAAAGGAAAGAAGCCAACAGAAGAGACAUAGUCUAGCUUCAAAAUAUGGGUCUGACAUUACUAGAUUCUUUGUGAAGCUAUAGUCAGUCCCCAUAUAUGAACACUGAUAGCAAUCAUGUGUUCUAACAUGUCACUGAGUGUCUGUAAUAAGGAUCACUGUCAUGUACCAUCAGAUGUUUUAUGCAUCAGUUUCACAUUUCGAUAUUAGAAAAAUAGUUACAAUAAAGGGUUCUUAAUUUUGUAAUGUUCUUAAAAUUUUGUAAUUACAUUAAAACCAAUAUGUUACUCAACAGACUAAAAACAA